AUGGGUCAUCUCUUGUUUUCCUGGCUUUCUCUAUCUUUUAUUUUUUCCCUGGUCCAAGGCCACAUUUUCGACUGUUUCGGAAAAUGUCGCUGUUAUCCGGACCAGAAAAUUAUCCAGUGUCCCACAGAAUUGAGAAAUCAAUUGGGACUGUCUUCCAAGGCCGCGAUUGAAGGAUUUCAUGUGGAUGAUUUUAAAAAGGCAAAUCACCCGGAUUUCAAAGAGCUGAAAGUGGUCCCUGAGGGAACUUUCAAACCACUGACAACACGUGCUCCGAGAAAAUAUGGAAAAUCCAGGCCGAGAAGAGAUAUGGACAGUUGGAAUAGAUUCAAAGCGUGGCUCAUCGAUUUUCAGAGAAAAAUUCAAAAUAUGAGUCGGAGACAUUGA